CGUGCGCCAUCAUGACGCCUAAAGAGUAUCCUCAAGGCAACGGAUCGCUCCAGACGAUGAAUCUCAAGAAUAGUGUCAGUGCCGACAACAUGUCGGUAGCGAGCCACAAAAGUACCAAGGAUAUUUUGGAUGUAAAAUUCAGCAAAGCACCUACCAAAGAACCAAGCUCACAAUCCGUCUCGUACUUCAAACUGUUCCGGUUUGCCACGUGGGGUGAAGUCUUUGCCACGCUGCUAGGCAUCCUGCUGGCCUCGAUGGCUUCGCUCGGGCUACCGUACGGUGUCAUUCUGUACGGUGAGUUUACCACGCUGCUCGUCGAUCGUACCAUCGGCAUCGGCAAAUCGACCGAUACGGCCAUCCUCUCGAUAUUCGGUGGCGGCAGAGUGUUAGUAAACGCAACUGAGCAGGAAAAUGCGGCCGCCAUUAUGGAGGAUGCGAAAGCAUUCGGGCUCGGUGUGGUGGCCGUCACGAUACUACAGUUCAUCUUUGCCACACUCAGCGUCGACAUUAUCAACCGUUCGGCUCAGAAGCAGAUCAGUAGAAUACGGCAACUGUUUCUUAAAGCCGUACUACGCCAAGAUAUGACCUGGUACGAUCUCAACAGUGACGACAGCUUUGCGGUGCGCAUUACGGACGAUCUGGACAAGCUGAAGGAAGGUAUCGGUGAGAAGCUGUCCAUCUUCACGUACCUGGUGAUGUCAUUCGUAAUAUCUGUGAUAUUUUCGUUCUUCUACGGUUGGAAGCUGACGCUCGUGAUACUCAGCUGUGCACCGAUCAUCAUACUGGCGACCGCUUUCGUUGCCAAGAUGCAAAGUACGCUCACGGAGAAGGAACUGAAGUCCUACUCUUCGGCCGGUGCCGUAGCUGAAGAGGUCCUCGGCAGCAUCCGUACCGUAGUUGCAUUCGGUGGCGAAAAGAAGGAGCUCGAUCGAUACCGAGAGCGACUAGCCGGUGCCGAACUGAACGGUCGCCGCAAGGGUUUAUUCUCCGGCAUCGGUGGUGGCAUCAUGUGGUUUAUCAUAUACUGCUGCUACGCACUCGCCUUCUGGUACGGUAUCAGUCUCAUCCUGGAAGAUCGCGACAAAGAUCUGAAAGACUACACGCCCGCGGUACUGAUCAUUGUGCUGUUCGGUGUGUUGGCUGGUGCACAAAAUCUUGGCCUAUCUUCACCCCAUCUGGAAGCGUUUUCGACGGCGAAAGGUUCCGCGGCAACUAUAUUUUCCGUGAUCGAUCGUAAACCGGACAUCGAUUCGCUUGGUGAUGCGGGAUUGCGGCCCAAAUCGAUGCAAGGAAAUAUAAAGUUUACCAACGUUUUCUUCCGCUAUCCGGCCCGGAAUGAUGUGCAGGUGUUGCAGGGUUUGAAUUUGGAAAUCAAAACGGGCCAAACCGUUGCGUUGGUUGGUCCGUCCGGGUGUGGCAAAUCGACCUGCCUGCAGCUGAUUCAACGAUUAUACGAUCCGCUAAGUGGUACGGUCACCAUCGAUGGUACCAAGGUGAGCGAACUUAACAUCGGUUGGUUGCGUUCGUUUAUUGGACUCGUCGGUCAGGAGCCGGUUCUGUUUGCGACAACGAUUGCCGAAAACAUACGGUACGGUAACCCGGAAGCUACUCAGAGCGAAAUUGAAUGUGCCGCCAAAAUUGCAAACUGUCAUAGCUUCAUCAUGAAGCUGCCGAACGCGUAUGGUACGAUGAUAGGUGAGCGUGGCGCUCAACUGUCCGGUGGUCAGAAGCAGCGUAUCGCUAUCGCACGUGCGCUGGUACGCAAUCCAAAAAUUCUACUACUCGAUGAGGCAACUUCCGCCCUCGAUCCCAACUCGGAAAAGCGUGUGCAGGAUGCGCUGGAGCGAGCUAGCAAGGGUCGUACAACGCUCGUUGUCUCACAUCGUCUGUCCACCAUUACCAACGCGGACAAAAUUGUGUACAUCGACAAGGGUGGGGUGAUGGAGCAGGGUACUCACGAAGAACUCAUGGCUGCCCGGGGUCUGUACUACGAGCUGGUAGUGGCCAGUGGGUCCCAGAAAACAGUGGAAGAUGAUGAGAACGUUCCGAUGGCACCGAGUUUCUACUCUAUGCGUCAAGAAUCGGUUGAAGAUGGUGCGGAUGGUUCGGACGAUGAGUCGGACAGCGGAAAAUCGGACGAAAAGAAUGAGGAAGAACAGGAAGAGGUGUAUCACGUGUCGAUGCUACGAUUGCUUAAGCUUAACUCACCCGAAUGGCAUUACAUACUGUUCGGAUGUGCGGCUGCAAUCGUUGUUGGAGCAUCGUUCCCAGCGUUUGCUGUCCUUUUUGGAGAAAUGUACGGUAUUCUUUCGGUUGCUGAUCCAGAAUUUGUAAAGCAGGAAUCAAACUUCUACUCGCUACUGUUCCUGGCACUGGGUCUCAUCACCGGCUUGGGAACGUUCUUCCAGACGUAUCUCUUCAACAUUGCCGGUGUGCGACUUACGUCCCGUUUGCGCCAAAAAUCAUUCAAAGCGAUCGUCAUCCAAGAUAUGGCUUGGUUUGACGAGAGUCGUAACGCUGUCGGUGCUCUCUGCGCACGUUUGUCGGGUGAUUGUGCUAGUGUGCAGGGUGCCACUGGUACUCGUAUCGGGUCACUACUGCAAGCAGCUUCUACCAUUUGCAUCGGUGUGGGCAUAUCAUUCUUCUACUCCUGGAACCUAACGCUCGUGUCGAUCAUCGCAAUCCCCGUCACGCUAGCAUCGAUCACGCUCGAGUCACGCUACACACAGAUGAGCAGCUUGAAGGAAAAGCAAUCACUCGAAGGUGCUACUAAGCUGGCUGUGGAAGCCAUCUCUAACAUUCGUACGGUGGCUAGCUUGGGGCAGGAGAAGCACGUACUGCAUCGUUACAGUCAGGAGACGGUAAAGAUCGAUGAUGCCUGUCGGCGUAAGACACGUCUACGUGGAACGGUGUUUGCAUUGGGCCAGGUGAUGCCUUUCGCCGGGUAUGGAUUAGCCCUGUUCUACGGUGGAAAACUGGUUUCGGAGAAGGAACUAGAAUACAAGGACGUUAUCAAAGUCUCGGAAGCACUGAUCUUCGGGGCCUGGAUGUUGGGACAAGCGUUGGCGUACGCACCGAAUGUAAACUCGGCCAUCCUUUCGGCUGGACGUCUGAUGAAACUGCUCGAUCGUACACCGCGAAUGCAUAAUCCUUCUAGCUCGUACCACUCACUGUCACAGCGUACUGAGGGUGAUAUUAAGUUCACGGAUGUCGAGUUCCGCUAUCCGACACGUCCAUCUGUUCCGGUACUCCAAGGAUUAAACUUGGAUAUCGGUAAGGGCCAAACGGUAGCAUUGGUUGGUCCGUCCGGUUGUGGCAAGUCUACCUGCAUUCAGCUGCUGCUCCGAUACUACGAUCCCGACAGUGGCAAAGUGGAUAUUGACGGUACAACCACAACCGAGUUCUCGCUCAACCGCAUACGUGCACAGAUGGGUCUGGUAUCGCAGGAACCGAUCCUGUUUGAUCGUACCAUAGCGGAGAACAUUGCUUACGGAGACAACACGCGCGACAUUGCAAUGCCCGAAAUUAUAGAGGCUGCCAAGAUGGCAAACAUACAUGAGUUUAUCGUUAAUCUACCCAAAGGCUACGACACCAGUCUCGGUAGUAAGGGUGCUCAGCUGUCCGGAGGUCAAAAGCAACGCAUUGCGAUUGCCCGCGCUUUGGUGCGCAAUCCUCGUGUGCUAUUGCUAGACGAAGCGACAUCUGCACUGGACAACCAGAGUGAAAAGAUUGUCCAGAAUGCGCUCGAUCAUGCACGAACGGGACGUACCUGUAUUAUCAUUGCCCACCGACUUACGACGAUCCAGAACGCGAACCUUAUCUGCGUCAUCCAGAACGGUGUGGUGGUGGAGGCGGGAACACACGAUGAGCUGAUGGCAAAGAACAGAAUCUACGCGAAGCUGUACCAGAUGCAGCAGGUGGCGUAAGUGUGACGCCCGCGGAUUAAGAAUAAGUGAGAUAAGAACCGUUG